GGGCAGCGCCGCUUCCGCCCGCCCCGCGGAGCCCGGACGCUGCGUCAGCACCAUGGAGCGGCGGGAGGCGGGAGCGGCCGGUACGAUGAAGGCGGGGAUGGGGUGAGGGGGGGUCCGGCGCCCGUUUAACCCCGGUUAACCCCGCUCACCCCGCGCCCAGGCCCCUAGAGCCCCGCCAUGGGCCGCCGCCCGCCGUGAAGCCCCCGCCCAGGCCUCGAUCGUGGUGGUGGAGGUGGGGGGGGGGGCGAGGGGGAGGAGAUCCGCCCCCCCCCCUCCUCCUCCGCGGCCUCCAGCCCCCCCCCGAGCAACGGAGCCACAGGGAUGAGCGCCCCCCAGCGGUCGGAGCUGGCUGCCGCCGCCGCCGCCUUCCUGCGGCUGGGCGAGGAGCGCCCCCCCGCGGCCAUGAACCUGCUGCAGCGCAAAGGGCGCCCGGACUGGAGACCCCCCCGCGAGGAGGAGCCGAGGAAGGGAGCCUCCAAGGCGCGGGACGGGGGCUCCCUGCGGCGGCCGCUGCGGGUGGGCUUCCUGACGCUGCCCGCCCCCCAAGAGCGGGGCCCGCGGCCCUGCGCCCCCGGCAUGGCCCCCCGCUCCCUGUCCUGCCACGCCGUGGGGCUGCCCGAGAGCGGGGCCCCCCCGCGGCCCCACGGCCCCCGCGCGGGACCCCCCGAGGGGCGACUGGAGGCACCACCAGCCAAGAGGGGCGGCGCCCCGCGGGGGGGCUGCGUGCGGCAGACCCCCCCCCUGAAGCCAUCCCGCAGCCCCCAGACCCGCCUCUCGGCCCCCCCCAGCACCUCGGAAACGGGGGGGCCGGGGGGGGCGGGGUCUGGGGGGGAGGGGGAGGAGCCGGUGUACAUCGAGAUGGUGGGGGACGCGCGGCGGGGGGGGGCGGCGGGAGGGGGCGGGGCCAAGCGGGGGGUCCCACCGCCCCCCCCCCCGGAGGAGCCCGAGGCCAUCUACGAGGAGAUGAGCUGCCCCCUCCCGCCGGGGGAGGACGGAGGCCACGCCCCCUUCGCUCGCCCCGCCCCUUUCCACGGCCACGCCCCCUUCGGCGCCCACCCCCCGCCCUUCCCGGGCCACGCCCCCUUCCCGGGCCACGCCCCCAUCCCCCCGCCCUUCCCCAACCUCCUCACACCCCGCCCACCGCUGCUGGCCACGCCCCCCGAGGGCUCGCGCCUGCCCCUCCCGCGCCGCGAGGCCCCUCCCCCUGCCCGCGCGCGCAGCCACUCCACGCCCCUCCCUCCUCCCCCCUCCUCCUCCCUCCACCAAUCAGCGACGGCGCAAGGGGCGGGGCGUGAGCGCGGAGGGGCGGGGCUUGGCUCGUUGCCCCUCCCACCGGCCCUGCCCGCCGCCGCCGAGGCUCCGCCCACCGGGAAGCGCCCGCCCGCCUAUGACAGCCUGCGAGGGGGCGUGGCCACGGGAAGCCCCGCCCCUUCCCGCGAAGAAGACCCCGCCCCUCGCCGCGGAGGCUCCGCCCCCUUCCGGCGUGGGAAAGAGGCAGAGAGGACGUCAGAGCCCCCCCGGGAGGAGCGGGGGGGGGCGGCUCCCCCCCCCUCGGGGAUCCCGGUGCGAGCGGACGGGUCCCGGGGCCGGCUGGGGCCCCCCCUGCCCUGCCAGACCUUCCCCGCCUGCGGGCGGCCCUCAGACUCCCCCCUCGUGCACCGCUUGGGCCGCUCCGCCUCCACCUCCGGGGUGCGCCAAGCGGGGGCCCCCCCCUUUCCCCGGGGGCCCCCCCCCCCCCGGCGGUGCCGCUGCCGCUGCCCCCCCCCCGCCGCGGCCGCUGUCCGGGGGGGUCCCGGUGAGCGCCGCCCCCCCCCCGCCCGCGGGACGGGCGCCUCCAGGAGGUGAUCGACCGCAAGCGCUGCGUCUGCACCGAGAUCAAGGCGCGGGGGGGGC